UUGCCUGACUCUCUCUAUAACGGUCUUACUCGCCUCUGUCGAUUAUAAGCCUCAAGACGAGAGGAAAUCAUCAGGAAAAAUGACUAGAGGACAGACCUUCAUCUGUCUUCUGCCUUUACUGAUUGGGUAUUCAUCUCAGUCCUGUCAGAAGGACUGUUCCAAAGAAAACCAGGAUGUUUAUGGCAUGGACGUAACACAGAUCCCAGUAAGUCUGAAAGCAGGUGUCACAGAGGUCUUCUUUGUGGACAGUAACAUCACUGUCAUCCCAAAGGGGGCCUUCGCCACCAACCCGAAGCUGGAAAAGGUAGCAUUCAUCAACACCCCCACUGUGUCCGUAGAGAACGGUGCUUUCGAGGGAUUGGUCAACCUCAAGCAUAUUGAGAUCUCCAAUACCCCACUAACAUCCUUGUCUGUAGAUGUCUUCCAAGACCUGCACAACCUAGAAGAACUUCUGCUGAAACACAACAAGAUCCGUAGUCUGGAGAAAGGAUUGUUUGAUGGCCUUAAGAAACUGAGAGAACUCCAAUUGCACAUAAACAAGAUUGACACCAUUGAGGAGGGGACAUUUGAUGACCUAGAAAACCUUCGGACCCUCCAUCUGGCCAAAAACGACCUCAGUUCUGUGUCCUCCGCCCUGUUCUCGAAGCUGCACAAACUGGAGGUACUGAGGCUCUAUGAGAACCAACUUACCGCCAUUCCUGACGAUAUAUUAGAAAAUCUAUCCAAUUUAAAGGAGAUCGCUCUACAGAGUAACAACAUCACUUCAAUAUCAGCCAUUUUGUUCCCACAUAAAGACAAAUUAAACAAGAUACUUUUGGACAAUAACAUGUUGACUGAAUUGCCUCCAGGAAUAUUUGUGGGUUUUCCUCUGCUUAAAGCAUUGACACUAAAUGGAAAUAAACUUGCAAGUCUACCUCCUGUCCUCUUUGGAGAGAUGCCCAAACUGACUGAGUUGAGUCUCAGUCGAAACAGUCUUACCAGCCUUCCUCAGGGAGUAUUUAGUCCUCUUAAGAAACUCAAGAAGUUGGAUCUGUCUAACAACCAAUUGUUAACCGUGUCUGAAGAGUCUUUUGAGGGCCUUGAGAAGCUAACAGAACUCAAUCUUCAAUACAACCUCAUCAAAUCAUUGAAAGCAAACACCUUUGAAAAGCUGACAUCACUAACCACCCUUAGACUGGCUCAUAAUAUCCUGGGGACACUUCCAGAGGAUGUAUUUGACCCCUUAACAAAACUCAGCAAAGUCUAUUUAAAUAACAACACUUGGCAUUGUGACUGCAGGAUGGUCCCCCUCUUCAAUUGGAUGAAGGCAAACCCUGGCAAGAUCAAGUCUAUGACUCCUGAGAUCUGUAACCAGCCGGAGGAUUUAAAGGGACAAGAAAUCAUGUCUCUCAAAGAGGACCAGCUCAUAUGUCCUGUAUCUCCUCUGACCACCAUCCCUUCACUCACCACAACCACCACUUUAGCCCCUACCACAACCACCACCUUAGCCCCUACCACAACCACCACUUUAGCCCCUACCACAAUCACCACUUUAGCCCCUACCACAACCACCACCUUAGCCCCUACCACAACCACCACUUUAGCCCCUACCACAACCACCACUUUAGCCCCUACCACAACCACCACUUUAGCCCCUACCACAACCACCACCUUAGCCCCUACCACAACCACCACUUUAGCCCCUACCACAACCACCACCAUAGCCCCUACCACAACCACCACUUUAGCCCCUACCACAACCACCACCAUAGCCCCUACCACAACCACAACCACCACCAUAGCCCCUACCACAACCACCACCUUAGCCCCUACCACAACCACCACCUUAGCCCCUACCACAACCACCACCAUAGCCCCUACCACAACCACCACCAUAGCCCCUACCACAACCACCACUUUAGCCCCUACCACAACCACCACCUUAGCCCCUACCACAACCACCACCUUAGCCCCUAGCACAACCACCACCUUAGCCCCUAGCACAACCACCACCUUAGCCCCUACCACAACCACCACCUUAGCCCCUACCACAACCACCACUUUAGCCCCUACCACAAUCACCACCUUAGCCACCACCUUAGCCCCUACCACAACCACCACCUUAGCCCCUACCACAACCACCACCAUAGCCCCUACCACAACCACCACCUUAGCCCCUACCACAACCACCACUUUAGCCCCUACCACAACCACCACUUUAUCCCCUACCACAACCACCACCAUAGCCCCUACCACAACCACCACCUUAGCCCCUAGCACAACCACCACCUUAGCCCCUAGCACAACCACCACCUUAGCCCCUACCACAACCACAACCACCAUAGCCACACCCACAACCACCAUAGCCACACCCACAACCACAACCACUGUCUCAACCCCAAUACCCAACACCACACUUUUUACCACUAUCCCAACAACCACCAUCACAAGAACCACCCUGAGAGAUUCAACAGAUCCACUGACCACGCCAAGGAUCUUCAGCUGUCCCAACAUAGCACGUUCUCGUCGCCCGUCCCCCUCCUACUACACCCGCCAGGCCUGGAGCAAGACCUCGCAGUGCAGGGCCCAGAUGAUAUCUUACACAGCCAUGCUGGUGGUGGAGAUAGGCUGCACCCUGGUGCUGGCUAAGUUCACCCUGUCUCUGUACAGCUUGCUCCAGCGCAGGGAGAGGCUGUACACACGGGUCAACCUGACUCACUUUUCCUACAGGAAGGAGAUCACGCUGAGGCCAGUCAAGGUGACAGAGACUGUGGGUCUGUGAUCAGAGGGGGGGGGGGGUUCACAUGAUUGUACACAUCACAAAGCCCUAGUGAUGGGGUAAGGCGGAAGAAAAUAGGGAAUGUUAGUCAUCUUUUCUGAAAAUUAAAUAAACACAAACAUAUUAAUCAA